AUGGGCAAGGGAAAGGUUUGCUUGGCCUACUCGGGCGGUCUGGAUACCAGCUGCAUCCUGAAGUAUCUCUUGGAAGAGGGAUAUGAGGUGAUUGCCUUCAUGGCCGAUGUUGGCCAGGAGGAGGACUUCGAGGCCGCCAAAGAUAAGGCCCUCAAGAUUGGUGCUACCAAGUGCUAUAUUGAGGACUUGCGUCGGGAGUUCAUCGAAGAGCUCUGCUACCCAGCCAUCGCCUGCAACGCCAUCUACGAGAACGUCUACCUCCUCGGCACCUCCCUCGCCCGCCCCGUCAUCGCCCGCGCCCAGGUCGCCGUCGCCCAGAAGGAAGGCUGCUUCGCCGUCUCGCACGGCUGCACCGGCAAGGGCAACGACCAAGUCCGCUUCGAGCUCGCCUUCUACGCCCUCCAGCCCUCCAUCAAGGUCAUCGCUCCAUGGCGAGACCCAGUCUUCUACAACAAGUUCAAGGGUCGUCAGGACCUUCUCGACUACGCCUCGGCGAAGGGCAUCCCCGUCACGAGCACCAAGAGCAAGCCGUGGAGUAUGGAUGAGAACUUGGCACACUGCAGCUACGAGGCGGGGAUUCUGGAGGAUCCAAACAUUACUCCACCAGAGGAUAUGUGGAAACUCACGACCGAUCCCACCAAGGCUCCAGAUACCCCAGAAGACUUCACCGUCUCUUUCGAGAAGGGUCUGCCUGUGAAGCUCGAGUACGAGGGCGGCAAGAAGACGGCCACCGACUCGGUCGACCUCUUCCUCACCGCCAACGCCAUCGCCCGCAAGCACGGCGUCGGCCGCAUCGACAUCGUCGAGAACCGCUUCAUCGGCCUCAAGUCCCGAGGCUGCUACGAAACCCCCGGCUUCACCAUGCUCCGCGCCGCACACGUCGACCUCGAAGGCCUCGUCAUGGACCGCGAAGUCCGCGCCCUGCGAGACCAAUUCCUCACCUUCAACUACGCCAAACUCCUCUACAACGGCCUCUACUUCUCGCCCGAGCGCGAGUUCCUCGAGGAAAGCAUCACCGCCUCGCAGAAGAAGGUCAACGGGAGUGUCCGAUGCCGGGCUUUCAAGGGCAUGUUCACUGUGGUGGGACGGUGGUCCGAUACCGAGAAGCUGUACGAUGCCAGCGAGAGCAGCAUGGACGAGAUUGGCGACUUUGAGCCCAGCGACACCACGGGUUUCAUCAGCGUGAAUGCCAUCCGAUUGAAGAAGUAUGGUAAGGCCAAGGAGGAGGCGGGCGAGAGUUUGGUGACCAAGCACUAG